AUGUCUUCACUCUAUCCAGAUGAGAGUUAUUGCACGAGUGAUAUUGGGCGACUUCUGUUCCAACCGAAGAACGAAUGGGCAGCUACGGGUAAGGUAGUCGAUGUCACCGAAGUGAAACAGAUUGCUGGAACCCAUAUCGACUAUCAAAUUGAAAUAAAAUGCAUUCCACGUAACAGUAUUGAAUUGGACAACCGGUUUUUCGUGUUAACAUCUAGAUUCCGUGAACUUAAUCGCCUGCAUAUUAACUUAUCCAAACUCCACAAACAACUGUACCUGCGAGGGUUAUUUCCACCGUUCGCUCCACCACGGCUUCUUGGUAGCUGUGAUCCUGGAGUGAUUGCGGAACGUCGGCAUAGCAUUAACGAGUUCCUCACGUUUAUACUUGAUAGUGAAGUUUUACGGAAGGCACGAGUUCUUCAGGAGUGGUUAGAGAAAGCUGUAGAGCGACCAAAUGUUGGCAACGCUGCAUCUCCAAGUUCAUUUAUAUAUGAAGGAGUGAAUAUUUUAGAUGCUCCGAAUAUAGCUGACCAAAAUGGUGAUUCGUCGCGAGUGCUAGUUCCGGAAAGCAUACCUCCUCCAGAUGACAAUUCCUUGGAGCCAGGUGUAGGAUUACACGCUUCCCCAUCAACUGGCGAGUUUCAAUUCCCUGAUGUUGUCAUUAGCACAAACGAGCCAGCGGCAGAGGUUUCCCUCAGACAUCGUCGUAAACCGUCAAUGAUGGAGAGGUUCUUCCCGAAACUGUCAGCCUCCAAUCAAUAUUCCAUCCAGACGAUGUCUUCGGCUGAGAACAGUGAUUAUCUUGUUCAUGCUGCUCAUUUGGUAUCAACUGCUCAACGUGCUGAACACGAACACGCUUACGAACUGGCUUUCCAGUGUUACAAAAAUGCAGCCAGUAGCCUUAUCCAGGGUAUUCAACACGAAUCGGAUACUUCUCGUAGGAACGCAGUCCGCCGCAAAACCGCCAAAUAUCUUGUGGCUGCUGAACGACUGUAUCGCACCCAUUUGGCAUACGAUGGAGCGGCUGCUACGGUGAAUUUAGAGUCUCUCGUGGACUCGACAAUGUCGGAUCCAGAUGUGUUGGCCUUCCAAUGUGCGAACAACUGCUUGAAAAACUAUCGCGUUGUCGGCGUUCUUCCUAGUCUGAACGCUCCUAAAUGGGUGCUAACCGUCGAAGAAAAAUCAUCUGGUUUGUUUGUUGAGAAA